AUGUCUCAGCCAUCAGCCCCCAAAACCUUCAAUGCCGAAGAGGCUGACAACCUCGAGGAUAUCGAGAAGCAGUUUGCUGUCAAGGUGGUGCAGCACAUGCAGACCUACUGGUCCAUCCUUGAGCGCGUCAAGGGAUCGUCGCUGCGCCUGACUCGUAUGGACGAUGACAUCUACGAGCACCUUAAGAGGGACUUCCCCGAGUUCGACCCGGCCGAGACCAUCGACGAGGACCAGAUGAAGAGCAAGGAGGGCAAGGAACGGUGGCGCAACUUCAUGAUGGUGUAUGAGAAGAAGGUCGACGACUACAACUUUGGCACCAUGAUGCGGUCGAACCCCAAGUGGGAAUACGGCCGGGAGGAGACCAUCUUCGUGCCGAGGAUGCAGUUCUACGCUGUCGAGAUUGCGCGAAACCGGGCGGGCUUGAACGACUGGGUUUAUGAGCAGGCUCAAAAAGAGAAGGCCUCGUCCUCGUGA